AUGCCAGUUCCACUUGCCCCCUACCCAACACCACCAGCUCCUUAUACACCACCAGCUAAUGGCGCACAGAGUCAACUUGUCUGUUCUGGGUGUAGAAACCUUCUCAUGUAUCCAGUUGGAGCCACCUCUGUGUGCUGUGCUGUUUGCAAUGCAGUCACAGCAGUGCCACCUCCUGGCACAGAAAUGGCCCAGUUAGUUUGUGGAGGUUGCCAUACUUUACUCAUGUACAUCCGUGGAGCGACAAAUGUGCAAUGUUCUUGUUGUCACACAGUCAAUCUAGCUUUGGAAGCGAAUCAGGUGGCACAUGUCAACUGCGGGAACUGCAGGAUGCUACUGAUGUACCAAUAUGGAGCAAGAUCGGUGAAGUGUGCAGUUUGCAAUUUUGUAACAUCAGUUGGGGCCAGUGCCACAACAAGCACCACGGAGCAGAAGUUCAGCAGUGUAACCAUACAAUAG